AUGCCUCCGCCUAGGUCUGAAAGGACUCGUGCUACUCCAAGUAAUAGCUUGAAUCAAAAGCGUAGUACUGUCUUUCCAAAUUUCGAAACCAGUACGGAUCCCAAUCUCUUCAGCCAGAGCUAUCGAGAUACGAAUGACAUCCAUCUCUUGUCCGCUAGACUUGCUUCCGUCGACGUCGAUGGAGCCCAUGUACAACCUACCGCUUCCCCAGAUAUGACUGAUGAUGCAUCUGCUUAUUGGCAAGAUCAGUAUUCUAUUUCUUCAUAUUCUCAUCCUCGAUCCGUCCUUACGCGUCCCUCUAAUACCGACCUUUUAAUUCCUUGGGAACAAGACGAAAGCCAUCCUUUACUCCUUUCCUCCGACAAUCGACCUUCCUCGACGUAUGGUGCAGAAAACACGCCUCGCCCAAACGCUGCAUUCCCGUCUCAUGAUGAGAAACUUGGCUCUCGCUUUUCGUUCCGCAAAAUGUAUAAUUAUUUCUUUGACGAUAACGGUCCGUCUUUGAUCUUAUAUAAUAUUCCUUCCGUCACAAUUGGCUUACUUCUUAACAUCUUAGAUGCAUUAUCCUACGGUUUAAUUCUCUUUCCUAUUUCAAAUCCCAUCUUUAAAAAUUUGGGUGCUGAUGGCCUUGCUAUCUUUUACGUCAGUUGCAUUGUCUCUCAAUUAGUGUUUUCCUUCGGCGGUUCUGCUUUCAGUGGAUCAGUAGGUUCUGAAAUGAUUGAGGUUAUCCCAUUCUUUCAUCAAAUAGCCUUUACUAUUAUUCAUCACGUUGGCGAAGAUAAUCCAAAAUCUGUCAUCGCCACAACCCUUCUUGCUUAUUGUCUUUCCAGUAUUCUUACAGGAAUUGUAUUCGUAUUACUUGGACUCUUACGCCUGGGCAGACUGAUUGAAUUCUUUCCUCGUCAUAUUCUUUUGGGAUGUAUAGGUGGUGUUGGUUACUUUCUUGUGAACACAGCUAUCUUUGUGUCCUCUAGGAUCGAAGAUAACAAUUUAACUAAUUGGCAAUGUUUUACGUCUUUAUUCGAGCCGUUGCCUUUUGCCCGGUGGAUGACGCCUUUAUUUAUGGCUCUCAUGCUUGAAGUUGCCCAAUCUCGCUGGAACCAUCCUUUUCUGAUCCCUUCAUUUUUUAUUCUUGCUCCUAUGCUGUUUUACUUUCUCGUAUGGGUAAUACCGGGUUUAAGUUUAGAAUUUCUAAGGGAAACGGGUUGGGUUUUUUCUAGUACUCAAAGCGAUGUACCAUGGUACCAUUAUUAUGAGCUCUUUAGUUUCCAAGAUACAAAUUGGGGUGCUAUAAUGGCAACCGUUCCAGAAAUGCUGGCUUUGACUUUUUUUGGGAUUCUGCACGUUCCCAUCAACGUUCCUGCAUUAGCCAUUUCCACUGGCAUGGAGAAAAUAGACACAGAUAAGGAGUUAAUAGGUCAUGGUAUCAGUAAUUCAUUGUCUGGUUUUGUUGGAAGUAUUCAAAAUUACAUGACUUAUACUAAUUCUUUAAUGUUCAUUCGAUCUGGUGGUAAUAAUCGUUUAUCUGGAGUUAUGCUUGCCAUUGCAACCACAGGUUUACUUAUUAUGGGCCCAGGUAUUAUAUCAUAUAUUCCUGUGUGGACUGUUGGUUGUCUAAUCUUCAUAUUGGGUAUAGAAUUAUUAAAAGAGUCUUUGUGGGAUCCAGUUGGUACUACCACUAAAAUAGAGUACUUCACAAUCGUGGCUAUUGUGGCUUCAAUGGGUAUAAUUGAUUUCGUUUUUGGCAUCUUACUUGGCAUUAUUCUGGCAUGCGUAUUCUUUGCCUUCCAGGCUUCUAGAAGAUCUGCUCUACGCGGGAUUUAUUCUUGUAAUAUGCUCCGUUCGACGGUCCGUCGUCCACUAAGCCAGCAGAGAUUUUUGAAUGAAAUCGGCAAGCAAAUACAAAUCUGUAAAUUGUCUGGCUUCCUAUUCUUUGGUACUAUAAACGGUGUAGAAAAGCGAAUUGCUGGUCGUAUCGAAGAGUUGGAGGCAACAGGUGAUCCAUUGCGUUUCUUGAUUAUCGAUUUCAGUCUGGUUUCCGGUGCAGAUUUUAGUGUUGUUCAAGCGUUUUUGCGGAUUCGUCGUGUCUUGGCUAAAGUUAACGUUCCAAUGUUUGUAUGCGGAUUAGAUGAGAAUCGUUCCUCAUUUAAAAAGCUUAGUCAGAUUUGUUUUACCGAAAACGAUAUUUGCAAUUGUCAAGUGUUUGAAGACAUUAAUUCAGCUUUGGAAUACUGUGAAAACUUGCUAUUAGAUGAAUACGAGGUGUGCCGCAACAAACUGUUGCGAAAAGCAGGCAUGUCAGCCACGCUUGCAGUUCCUACCAGAAGUGGCACUCAAUUGAAUUUGGCUCAGACUUUCUCACCCUCACCUCGUCAUGACCUGUUACGAGAAGUUGCGGCUUCCACCGUAAGAGAUGAGUCGAAGGAGAUAAAUAGGUAUGAACGAUUUGCCAAAUAUCAACAACCAUUCCCACUCCUCAUGCAGGUAUUUGGUGAAGUUACUUCAAAAAAAGAUGAUUUUUGGUUAUCGAUUUGUCCUUACUUUAAGAAAAGCUUAUUAAAAAAGGGUGAUGUUCUUUGGAACAAGGGCGAUAUUCCUAAUCGUUUCAUCCUCCUAGAGACAGGAAUGGUAAAAGCUACAUAUCAAAUGGAUAGAGAAACUUUGUCCGAAAAUAUUACAUGUCUUUGCCUUGUGGGUGAAUUACCCUUUUUCAGUCAAACAUGUUAUAAUGCCACCGUGACAGCUCAACUGGAUAGUAUAGUUUGGUUCAUGGAUCGAGAGUCUUGGGAUUCUCUUGUGAAUUCUUUUGACAAUGGGCAGGACAUAACGAACGAAAUGCUACGAAUUGCAUUGAAAAUGACUCGUGAACGCGUCAACGUCUUUACUAAUUUUGCUUUGAAUUUAUAUCGUUAA